AUACGAUACCAUGGAAUAUUUUAGCAAUGUGUGGUCAUUACUGUUCAACCAGAAACAAAAGAAUCUUCCUUUUCUCAGUGUUGAUAGUAACCAUACCACCUAAACUGAUACUCGAAACUAUCCUGCAACUUGUGUACUGAUUAUUUAACAAGAAACAAACCAUUUUCCUUCAGAUCUUUUCUUGAGGAUUGUAAAGAAAGUUAAACAUUUGGUGUUUUAAAUUUUUUUGGAUGGAAACGGGAUUGUCUAACCCGAUGAUGGGGAGGUUUACAACGUCAUGGAAGCUUUUGGCAAUAAGCUUGUCGGUACUAGCCGUGCUCUCGCCUCUCUACAUUGAUAGCUUAUCAGAGGAAGAUCAAGAAGAGGAAGAAGAACUCUUCAGCUUUAUGUUUUGCCUCUCUGUGCUUCUCCUCUUGUUGAUUUUGGCUAUUGCCUCGUCCCUGUAUUAUGACCCGAGCUUGACCAGGUUUGAUCCUUACUGGAUUCACAGGCUAUGUGGUUCGUUUGGUGGGUUGCUUGUCAUACUCAUCGUUCUUGUUUUCGUCUUGAUGUGCAAAGCCUCUGCUUAGAGAACUUGAGUGAAAGUUGAUUUGAC